GAAAGUUUCCCUGCGCUGCAGCCUCCUCGCAGCACGGUCGGGCGUGGUUCUUCUUCCAGACACUCGAGAGGGACAGGCGGAGAUGAGGCAGACGAUCGUCGCUUGUCUGCUGGCAGCGGGCGCCUGCGUGCUCGCCCAGGGCAACCAAGGCAACCAAGGCAACCAGGGCAACCAGGGCAACCAGGGCAACCAGGGCAACCAGGACUGGUCCUGGCAGCCGGGACAGGAGUCCGGUCCACAGCAGUUCGCGCCCUCGGCAGGCGGGUUCGCGCCGAGCCUGCCGGCGCUCAACAGCUCGGCGGCGGCGGCAGUCAUCGACCAGAUCCUGGACUCGUCCAGGCAGGGCCGCGCCGUGGAGGGCUUCGACGCCUUGUACUCCGACCCGGAGGUGCAGCGCGCCAUCCACGGCGGGCAGGAGGCGGAGGCGCGCCAGUACAUCAAGGACCGCCUGUGCAGCCUGGGGCUCAUGGCGUGUGACGGCGUGGAGGGCAAGCGCCACGUGCAGCCGCACGACGUGAUCUACGCCCAGCCGGUGGCCAUCAAGCCGGUGGGACGGCCCAUACCCGCGGUGCCGGUGCGCGGGCCCAGCCACGCUCCCCAUGGGCCCAGCUACGGUCCGCCCAGGCCCGUGCCCUUCCAACCGCACAGGCCGUCUAGGCCCUUCCCGCCCGUCGGCGGGCCCGUGUACGGCUCGCCCAAGCCCGUGCCGCCGCCCGUCUACGAGCACGGGGACUUCGAGGGCCCCGUCGCCUACAGGCCUCCUCACCUUCUCGGCAAGCCACACCUGGUGGAGACUGGGGUACAGCAGCACGUGCACCACCACUACCACCACGACGACAAGCUGUCCUCCUCCCACGGCGUCGGCCUACCGCCUCCCGGGCCCGCCUACGAGCCGGGCCCCGUCUACGAGCCGGGCCCCGUCUACGGCGGCGGCUACGCCGAGAGCGGUCCCGGCGGCUACGGCAACACCCAGGCCUUCUACAAGAAGGAGCUGUCGCUGAAGCCUCCCUCAGGUAACGGACUCACCACAUCCUCCACGUCGUACGCCAACCGCUACUCCGGGUACGAGACCCCGAGGGCGGACGGCGCCUUCAGCGACUGCUACUGCGUGCCCUACGACCAGUGCCCGUCGCCCGAGGUGGGCCGCAAGGAGGACGGGCUGCUGAUCGACCCCAGGAACCUGCACAAGGACAUCGAGGCCAUCACGCUGGACGACGUGGUCAUCACCGACGGCAACGGCACGAUCAUCUCCCGGCACUCCAAGAGGGAGGGCGUGGACGCCAUUGAAGACAAGGACCAGGCCGAAAACGAACAGACAACGGCCGGAGAACAGAAGAACGAGAGGAAGAGGCGCGACACCACCGAGGAACGACAGAACGACGGAACGAAAAAUCGUGUCAAACCCACGAAGGUCAGCGGGGGUGAUGAGGAAGAUCAGGAGGCGGGAGAAACCAAGAGCUCACUGACUCCUGCUGCGGACACACAGAAACGACAAGCCGGCUACGGGGGCAACCGCUGCGGACCGCGCUACGUGUGCUGCCGCCGCCCUAGCCGCCCCCAGAACCUGCACCGCCCCCAGCAGUGUGGCCGCCGGAACGCGCAGGGCGUGAACGGGCGCAUCAAGACUCCUGUGUACGUGGACGGCGACAGCGAGUUCGGCGAGUACCCAUGGCAGGUGGCGAUCCUGAAGAAGGACAGCCACGAGAGCGUGUACGUGUGUGGGGGAACCCUCAUCGACUCCCUGCACAUCAUCACAGCGGCGCACUGCGUCAAGUCGUAUUCGCAGCACGACCUGCGCGUGCGCCUGGGCGAGUGGGACGUGAACCACGACGUGGAGUUCUACCCGUACGAGGAGCACGACGUGGUCAGGGUCGUGGUGCACCCGGAGUUCUACGCCGGCACCCUGCAGAACGACCUGGCAGUGCUGCGCAUGGACCGGCCCGUGGACUUCCAGCGCAGCCCGCACGUGUCGCCGGCCUGCCUGCCCGACCCGGGCGCCGACUACUCGGGCCAGCGCUGCUGGACCACCGGCUGGGGCAAGGACGCCUUCGGCGACUACGGGAAGUACCAGAACAUCCUCAAGGAGGUCGACGUGCCCAUGGUGUCCCAGCACCAGUGCCAGUCGCAGCUACAGCAGACCAGGCUGGGCUACGAGUUCAGGCUGCACCCGGGCAUGGUGUGCGCCGGCGGGGAGGAAGGCAAGGACGCCUGCAAGGGCGACGGCGGCGGUCCCCUGGUGUGCGAGCGAGGAGGCAGCUGGCAGGUGGUCGGCGUGGUCAGCUGGGGCAUUGGCUGCGGGCAGCGAGGCGUGCCCGGGGUGUACGUGAGAGUGGCGCACUACCUGGACUGGCUGAGGCAGGUGGCCUCGCGCUUCUGAGAGCCGCCUCACCCCGCCUUCUAGACACACUUCGUGCAUGCACCAUUGUCACACAUCUGCAGCAUUUCAGAUACACGCACAUCCAGAAGUGUACCAUCAUUUUGUUGUUAUUGUGUGUGAGAGCUCAAGCACACUUCAUGAAGGUAACAUUGUUGACAUUUCUGCAGCAUUUCAGAUACACACACAUCAAUCUGUUGUUACUGUGCGUGAGAGCUCAGGCACAUUUCAUAACUGUGACAUUGUAACAUUCCUGCAGCAUUUCAGAUACACACACACAUCAAUUAGUAUACCAUCAAUCUGUUGUUACUGUGUGGAAGAGCUUAGACACACUUCAUGAAUGUAACAUUGUAACAUAUCUGCAGCAUUUCAGAUACACAAACAUCCAGAAGUAUACCAUAAAUCUGUUGUUGUUAUUGUGUGUGAGAGCUCAGAUACUCUUCAUGAAUGUAACAUUGUAGACAUUCCUGCAGCAUUUCAGAUACACACACACAUCAAUCUGUGUUGUUACUGUACAUGAGAGCUCAGACACACUUCAUGAAUGUGACUUUGUAACAUAUCUGCAGCAUUUCAGAUACACACACUUCAAUCUGUUGUUGUUACUGUGUGGAAGAGCUUAGACACACUUCAUGAAUGUAACAUUGUAACACAUCUGCAGCAUUUCAGAUACACACACAUCAAUCUGGUGUUGUUACUGUGUGGAAGAGCUCAGUCACAUUUCAUAAAUUGAACAGUAUUUAAAUUGUUUUAUAAUUUUAAUAUUAAGUCUGUAAUGAUUAAUAUAAGUAUUUAAUUUAAAUUUUUUUUUAAUAGAAAAUGUUUUGUAGGAAAAAAAUUAGCUUGAGAAUUUCGUAAUAAUGUAAUUGAAGUAAUAGCUUAAAAGAAUUUAUUUAUUUAGGUAAAUAAUAACAAUAAUAAAAUUAUGAAUGUAUUGA